CCUCGUGAGAGAACCAGUGUUAGUAACUUGAAACUAAAUAUUCAAGCGUUGUCUGGUUCUGCUUGUGUCAGUCAGCUGGAAAACAACUGGUUUCGACUUUAUCAAGCGACAGGAUGGAAAAGAAAGAGAGAAAAAAUAUUAAUUAAUUGAUUGUAGAGAGGCUGAGAGAGAGAGUUGACCCUGCGGGACAUUCAGCCCCGACAGAGAAGACAGAAUGAAGCUCCAUGAGAAGAUUCUGACCCAUUUCCUGUCAUGCACAUCUCCAGUGGAUAAGGAGGGAUAUCUCUACAAAAAGAAGGAGAGAAAUGCCACUUACUACAGGCGGUGGUUUGUGCUGAAAGCCAACCUGCUGUUCUACCAGGAGCGUCCGGCUGAUCGUCACCUUCUGGGCGUCAUCGUGUUGGAGGGCUGCGUGGUCCAGAUGUUGGACUCUGACGGGUUUUUCCCCUUCACCCUCCAGUUCGGGUCCGGACUCAAAACCUACAGGUUUGCCGCCGGAGACGCUCAGACUCAGAGGCGCUGGGUUAAAGCGCUCUUCCUGGCCAGCCACUCUUACCUCUCCAGUCUGGUGAGAGACCUGGGGAGGCAGUAUGAAGAAGCUAAACAGCAACAGGACCCUACCAACUCCUGCUCCUCCUCCAAAACCCUCAGUUCGCCCAUCAACAGCCUCCUGGUUCCAACACUGGGACCAUUUUCAGUUGUCAGGGAGGGGAGGAGCUUCAGCGCCAGCGCUGCUCUACUGCCACCAUCAAUGCCUACUAAAAUGGCCGCCAAAAAGUCGCCCAAAAAGUGGCCGAGGAGAAACGCUCAUGUGACGCCCCUCAACGGACCGGUGCCGCCGUACGGCGAAUGGCCUCUGGUGGGGUCCGACCCGCUCGAGGAGUUCAGUAAACUUCAUGAUUUUUAUGGGCAGGAGGUUCAAAAAGCAAGAGAGGAGUGGCUGAGGAGUCGACAAACAGAAAAGGAGCAACAUGAGAAAGAUCUAAUCGAUUUGGCCUGAAGGAAAGGCGCUUAAAGGGAACUGAGAUGAAGUUAUUCAGACAGAAACUGGAACAUUGUGAGUCAUUCUGCUCUGACUUUCACAGAGUUUGAGGCUCAGUUACUCAUUUAAAAUGUUUUAUCUGUUUAUAACAAAGUGGGUAUUUUUCUGAUCUGACUUAAAGAAGAAAUAGAAAUGUAUUAAAACAAAGUUCUGAUUCUCACCUGAGUGAAUUUGAAACCACUGCUCUCUUCAGAUCAACCAAAUUUGUGUCAUAAUCUUUGGUUAUACUGCUGUCAUCUUAAAAAUAUUAAUAAAUGUUUCCCAAGAGCGUCAAAGGUCAACCAGCCAGUCCACAUUUACAAAAUAAAAAAAUAAAUAAAUUGUCAACUGUGCUACAUUUUCAUUUGUGCUGUUAUAAUUUCCGAGGUCAAAUGAAAGUUUAUUUAUAUAACGCAUUUAAAGCAACCUUUAAAUGUUUAACGGUUAAAUAACGAAUUAUUUAACCUUUGGCGGCCAUUCAUGACUACAUUACUUCAUGAUUACUUCUUGAUGUAAUCAUGAAGUAAUGUAAUUAUCAUGAAGUCACCAAAGCACUUCAUGAUAAUUACAUCAUAGAUAAUUAAUAAAGUGAUCAAUAAAAUUGAGCUUAAAAACAAAAAUAUACCAAAAAUUACAAUAAAAUACCAAGAAAUUAAGAAAACGAAUAGAAACAUUUGAGUUGCAGCAAUUUCCCAAAAACUCAAAUCAAUAAAUUUAGGUUGUUUUUUUCCUUUUAUUUAUUUUUUGAUCUGUUAUUAGGUCACCAGACAUCAACCUGCUCCUCCAUCUCACAUUAACAAAAUAAAACUAAACUGGUAUAAAUUAAUUGUGAUAGAUUUGUGCUGUUAAUAGACAACAAAUUGAUUUGAUUAUGUUCAUUUAGAGCGACUCGUUGACCUUUGAUGACCUCUAGAAACAUUUAUUAAUAUCCUAAAAAUGAUAGCAGCACCAAUUAAUAUUUUUGCUGCACAAACGUUCACCAAUUUCAGUUGAUUUAAAGGUGAAAAAAAAAAAUCUAAUCAGCUGAGAGAGCAGAGUUUAAAAAUGAUUUCAUUGCUGGGGGGCUUUUUUUUUCAGUAUUUACCAACGGAUAUAAAAUAUGUUUAGCUGUUUAAAAAUAACAAUAAAGUAAAUUAGUUUGCUUAA